UUGAUGAGGUAAACUGUUUUCCUGUCUCUUGGGGUCGUUAUCGUUCAAAGACUAAACUCCUCUGCCGUAAAUGUGGGGUUCAUAUUGGUUAUGGUUAUGGAGACUCUUCUGCUCUUUGUGGUUUUGACUCUCCCAACUCAUCUACUUCAGCUUACAGAAAGUUCACUGUAAAAAUACGAGCUCUACAGCCUUCUGAAGAGUGCUAAGAUGCAACCUACUUGUAGUUCUAGUACUAAUGCUCUUACUUCCAUCAUGGACCUUCCUGAUGAUUGUCUCGUUUUUAUUUUCCAAUGCCUUGAUUCUAGCUCUGACCGCGAAUCCUUUGGCUUGACUUGCCAUCGCUGUCUUCGUAUUCAAAAUCUUAAACGUCGGUCCUUACAUUUUCAAUGUUCAUUCAGAGAGCUUGACAUUUCCUCAUUAUCACAUUCGAAUAACCAUGUUAACAUCAGCACCUAUCAUCUCCAUAGGCUGCUUACUCGCUUUCAGCAUUUACACUCAUUGUCCUUAUCUGGCUGCACAGAGCUACCUGAUUCAAGCUUGGACCAUUUGGUAAAUUAUGGGUCAAAGUUGCACACCCUUAUUCUGGAAUGUUGUUUUCGUAUUACUAAUCAUGGGUUGUCUGUGGUAGCUACUGGUUGUCCAUCAUUACAAGUGAUCAGCCUUUACCGUUGCCAAAUUUCUGAUUUUGGGUUAGAAAGUUUGGCUAAUUCUUGCUCAAUUUUAAAGGAUGUGAAUCUCUCUUACUGCUAUUUUAUUACUGAUCAUGGCUUAAGAGCUCUUUCACAAGGCUGUCGUCAACUUCAGGCAGUUAAGAUAUCACAUUGUAAGGGCGUAACUGGUAUUGGUUUUAAAGGUUGUUCAUCAACUUUAGCUUAUGUAGAAGCUGAAUCAUGUAAGCUUGAGCCAGAGGGCAUUUCGGGAAUUGUAAGUGGAGGUGGGAUUGAAUAUUUAAAUAUGUCCGGUUUAAUAUUGUUCAAUGGUGGAAAUGGUUUGGCAACAAUUGGGAGGGGAUUUGCCUUCAGCCUUAAAAUUCUUAACCUUCGGCUGUGCAGAACUGUUGGUGAUGAGUCUAUUGUAGCAAUUGCAGAAGGUUGUCCACUACUUGAGGAAUGGAACUUGGCAUUGUGUCAUGGGGUCAGAAUAGUUGGUUGGUCUUCUAUUGGGAUGAAUUGUCACAAAUUGGAGAAACUCCAUGUGAACCGGUGUCGGAGUCUAUGUGAUGGUGGGUUACUGGCUUUGCAAAAUGGUUGCAAACAGCUCUCUGUUCUGUACAUGAACGGUUGUUCUAGGAUUACUUCAACAGCAAUAGAGUUGUUCAAACGUUAUAGGAGUGAUGUUACCAUCAAGGAAGAAGAAAAAAUGUGUAUAGGGGCCUAUGUGGGCAUUUAGAUUAUAUUGGACGAAAAGAAAUUUGACUUAUUUCACAUGAAAAUGUCUAUGAUAUCCUUAAAGGAGUUGUAAUUUUUCUAAAUAUUUAUUGAAUUGAUGAUGAAAUUAAUUUUACAGUACAGUGUUCGGUGGAUUGA